ACGCAGAGGUUGCAGUGAGCUGAGAUCAUGCCACUGCACUCCAGCCUGGGCAACAAGAGCAAAACUCGUCUCAAAAAAAAAAAAAAGAAAGAAAAAGUGGCUACACUCGACAACAGAUUUUCAAUGUAAAUGAAAUGGCCUUCUAUUGGAAGAAGAUACCAUCUAAGACUUCCAUAACUAGAGAAGUGAAUGCCUGGCUUCAAAGCUUAAAAGGACAGGCUGACUCUCUUGUUAGGGGCUAAUGCAGCUGGUGAUCUUAAAUGGAAGCCAGUGCUCAUUUACCACUCCACAAAUCCUAGGGCUAUUAAGAAUGAUGUUAAAUCUACUCUGUGUGUGCCCUAGAAAUAGAAUAAUAGAGCCUGGAUGGCAGCACUUCUGUUUACAGCAUGGUUAACUGCAUAUUUUAAGCCACCUGUUGAGACCUCCUGCUUAGACAAAAAGAUCCUUUCAAAAUAUUACUGCUUAUUGGUGAUGCACCUGGUCACCUGAGAGCUCUGAUGGAGAUGUACAAGGAGUUGAAUGUUUUCAUGCCUGCUAACACAACAUCUAUGCUGCAGCUUGUGGAUCAAAGAGCAAUUUCAACUUUCAGUUUUACUAUUUAAGAAAUACAUUUUGUAAAGCUAUACCUGCCAUAGAUAGUGAUUCCUCUGAUGGGUGUGAGUAGCACAAAUUGCAAACUUUCUGGAAAGGAUUCAUCAUUCUGGAUGCCUUUAAGAACAUUAGUGAUUCAUGGGAGGAAGUCAAAAUAUCAAUAUUAACAGGAGUUUGAGAGAAGCUGAUUCACACCCUCAUGAAUGACUUUGAGGGGUUCAAGACUUUAGCUGGGGAAGUAACUGCAGGUGUGGUGGAAAUAGCAAGAGAACUAGAGGUGGAGCCUGAAGAUGUGACUGCAUUGCUGCAACCUCAUGAUAAAGCUUGAAUGAAUGAAGAACUGUGUUUUACGGAUGAGCAAAAAAAGUGAUUUCUGCAUCUUUCUGGUGAUGAUGAUGAUGAUGUUGAAAUGACAACAAAGGAUUUAGAAUAUUCCAUAAACUUAGUCUACAAAGCAGUGGCAGAGUUUGAGAGGAUUAACCCUAAGUUUGAAAGAAGUUCUAUUGUGAGUAAACUGCUAUCAAACAGUAUUGCAUGCUACAGAGAAAUCUUUCAUAAAAGGAAGUCAAUUGAUGUGGCAACUUCAUUGUUGUCUUAAGAAAUUGUCACCGCCAUUCCAGCCUUCAGCAACCAUCACCCUGAUCAGUCAGCAGCCAUCCACAUUGAGGCAAGACCCUCCAGCGGCAAAAAGAUUGUGAUUUGAUGAAGGCCCAGAAGAUUUUUAGCAUUUUUUAACAAUAAAGUAUUUUUAAAUUAAGGCCAUCGAAAACUUUGCCUUGACCUUGAAGACCACUGCCCAGAUGCUGCAGACGUUUGGGGCCUGCCUGGCCACAACAGAGCUGCCCAGAAGCAUGCUAUCCACAGAAGACCUUCUCAUGUCCCACACAAGGCAGCGGGACAAGCUGCAGGAUGAGCUGAAAUUACUUGGAAAGCAGGGGACCACAUUGCUGUCAUGCAUCCAAGAACCAGCAACCAAAUAUCCCAACAGCAAACUCAAUCUCAAUCAACUUGAGAAUGUAACUACCAUGGAAAGGUUAUUAGUUCAACUGGAUGAAACAGAAAAAGCUUUUAGUCAGUUUUGGUCUGAGCAUCAUCUGAAGCUUAAUCAGUGCCUACAACUACAGCAUUUUGAGCACGAUUUUUGUAAGGCUAAGCUUGCCCUGGAUAAUUUGCUGGAAGAGCAAGCAGAGUUUACAGGCAUUGGAGACAGCGUGAUGCACGUGGAGCAACUUCUUAAGGAACACAAAAAACUGGAGGAAAAAAGCCAGGAGCCCCUGGAAAAGGCCCAGCUGCUGGCACUGAUUGGGGACCAGCUCAUCCAAAGCCACCAUUAUGCAGCAGAUGCCAUCAGGCCCCGGUGUGUGGACCUCAGGCACCUCUGUGACGAUUUCAUCAAUGGAAACAAGAAAAAAUGGGACAUUUUAGGAAAGUCCUUAGAGUUUCAUAGACAGCUGGACAAGGUCAGCCAAUGGUGUGAGGCAGGAAUCUACCUCUUGGCUUCCCAAGCUGUAGACAAGUGCCAGUCUCGAGAAGGGGUUGACAUCGCCUUGAACGACAUUGCGACUUUCCUGGGCACAGUCAAGGAGUACCCGUUGCUCAGCCCCAAGGAGUUUUACAACGAGUUUGAGUUGCUGCUCACCCUCGAUGUAAAGGCCAAAGCCCAGAAAGUUUUGCAGAGGCUGGAUGAUGUCCAGGAAAUAUUUCACAAGAGGCAAGUGAGUCUGAUGAAACUGGCAGCCAAACAGACUCGUCCAGUGCAACCUGUGGCCCCACAUCCUGAGUCUUCACCAAAAUGGGUGUCAUCGAAAACCAGCCAGCCCACCACCUCAGUCCCUCUAGCUCCUCCUCUGAGAACGUCUGAGGAACAUUAUACGGAGACAGAGUUGAACUCCCGGGGAAAGGAAGAUGAUGAGACUAAAUUUGAAGUCAAGAAUGAAGAAACCUUUGAAAGCUGUCAUGAAAGGGGGAACCCUGAGCUGGAGCAGCAGGCCAGGCUCGGAGACCUUUCCCCCCGCAGGCGCGUUAUACAUGACUUGCUUGAGACUGAAGAGAUUUAUAUAAAAGAGAUUAAAAGCAUAAUUGAUGGAUAUAUCACUCCAAUGGAUUUUAUUUGGCUAAAGCAUCUAAUUCCAGAUGUUCUUCAGAAUAACAAGGACUUUCUCUUUGGGAAUAUUAGAGAACUUUACGAAUUUCACAACAGGACUUUUCUAAAAGAGUUGGAAAAGUGUGCUGAGAACCCUGAACUUCUGGCACAUUGCUUUCUCAAGAGAAAAGAAGAUCUUCAGAUAUAUUUUAAAUACCAUAAGAAUCUGCCCCGAGCUAAGGCAAUCUGGCAAGAGUGUCAAGACUGCGCCUACUUUGGGGUAUGCCAGCGCCAACUGGAUCACAAUCUCCCUCUUUUUAAGUAUCUUAAAGGACCAAGCCAGAGACUUAUAAAAUACCAGAUGCUGUUGAAGGGUCUGCUGGAUUUCAAGUCUCCUGAAGAUAUGGAGAUAGACCCAGGUGAACUAGGAGGCUCGGCUAAGGACGGGCCAAAGAGAACCAAGGAUUCAGCAUUCUCAGCUGAACUACAACAAGCUUUGGCAGUGAUAGAGGAUUUGAUCAAGUCCUGUGAGUUGGCUGUGGACCUAGCAGCAGUGACUGAAUGUCCGGACGAUAUUGGAAAACUAGGCAAGCUGUUGCUGCACGGCCCUUUCAGCGUCUGGACAAUUCACAAGGAUCGUUAUAAAAUGAAGGAUUUGAUUCGAUUUAAACCCAGCCAGAGGCAAAUCUACCUAUUUGAAAGGGGAAUAGUGUUCUGUAAGAUACGAAUGGAGCCUGGGGACCAGGGAUUGUCUCCUCAUUACAGCUUCAAGAAGGCCAUGAAGUUGAUGACACUUUCAAUUCGCCAGCUUGGAAGGGGGAGCCAUAGAAAGUUUGAGAUUGCCAAUCGAAAUGGACUUGAGAAAUACAUCCUGCAGGCAGCUUCAAAAGAAAUCAGAGACUGUUGGUUUUCAGAAAUAAGUAAAUUAUUGAUGGAACAACAAAAUAAUAUUAAAGACCAAGGAAAUCCACAGUUUGAAAUGAGCACGAGCAAAGGCAAUGGAGCAGGAUGCGGACCAUGGAUUGAAAAUAUGGAAAGAGCUACCACUAGCAAGGAAGACCCAGCCUCCAGCACAGGAGGGAUUAAAGGCUGCUCCAGCAGGGAGUUUAGCUCCAUGGACACCUUUGAAGACUGUGAAGGUGCAGAAGACAUGGAAAAGGAGAGCAGCGCUCUGAGUCUCGCGGGCCUUUUCCAGUCGGACGACAGUCACGAAACCUGUUCCUCCAAAUCUGCUUUCCUGGAGAGGGGAGAAAGCACCCAAGGAGAAAAAGAAGAAAGCGAUGAGCAGGAAACGGCGACCCGCAGCACCGAGGAGGAGCGCGCUGGGGCGCCCACGGGCCGGCUGGCUCCUGCGGGGGCGACGGCUGGUUUCCAGGCGAGGGCGCUGCGCCCGAGGACCUCCGCCCAGGAGAGCUGACUUCCCUGCGGACGCCCCCGCUCCUCAGCUCCGGAGCGCCCGCAUUCCGGGGAGAGGCGGUGUGGGGGCCCGGGCCCUGCCCAGCUACGCAGAAAGCAGCCGGAGCCUCGGCGGCGGCAGAAAGGGGACGCCCAGGGCCUCCUUCCAGGAGCCCGAGGGGUGCCCUGGGUGCGCGCCUAGCUCCGCACGGGGGACCUCGGAGCUGCUCUAAGGCGCCUGCAGAGGCUAGCAGAGCCCGCAGCCCACGCCUUCUCAACCGCGCACUUUGACGUUUGGAGCCGGGCAAUUCUUUGCUGUGUGGGCUUCUCUGUGCUCCCACGGUAGGAUGUUUAGCAGCAUCCCUGGCCUCUACCCACUAGGUGCCAGGAAUGCGCCACCCCAUCCUCCACCCCACCCCCAAAUUGUGACAAUCAAAAAUGCCUGCAGACACGCCCACAUUUCUCCAGGGCGGGGUGGGAAUCGGUUGAGAACCGCUUAGCCCGAGCCUUGGAGGAGCCGGAGCCGCUCAAACCCGGUGGGGGCCGCAGACUGGGAACUCCCGGUCCGCCUCCCAGAAUCCCUGCGAGCGUUCAUGGGGUGUUCCUGUUAGUGCUAAGAUUGCUUCGUUGCAGAGAUAGUUCGUUCCAAGUUACUUUCUGAGGUAUUUUAUGUAUCGAUUUAUUAGUUUUUACAUGAGUUUUGUUAUUUUCAGUUGUAUUUUAUUUUUAGUUUUAUUAGUUGAUUUUCAUUUCUUUGUAGCUUUCUAGUUAUUUAAUUUUAUAGUUUCAGUUACUGGUUUAUAGUUACUUUAUUUUCAAAGUUAUUUAGUUGUUGAGUUGUUCAUUUUCAGUUAUUUAUAUGUAGUUAUUUUGUUUUAGGAGUUAUAGAUGUUCAAAUUAAUUUGCUUGGAAUUUAUUUAUUUAUUAUUUAUUUAUUUAUUUAUUUGUUUAUUUUUGAGACGGAGUCUUGCUCUGUCGCCCAGGCUGGAGUGCAGUGGCGCGAUCUCGGCUCACUGCAAACUCUGCCUCCCGGGUUCACGCCAUUCUCCUGCCUCAGCCUCCCGAGUAGCUGGGACUACAGGCGCCCGCUACCGCGCCUGGCUAAAUUUUUUUGUAUUUUUAGUAGAGACGGGGUUUCACCGUGUUAGCCAGGAUGGUCUUGAUCUCCUGACCCCGUGAUCCGCCUGCCUCGGCCUCCCAAAGUGCUGGGAUUACAGGCGUGAGCCACCGCGCCCGGCCGGAAUUUAUUUUUAAUUAUCUUUACAAUUAUUAUUGGAGUUAUUUACCUUCAUAGUUAUUUCACUUUAUAUUAUUGGAGUUUUUGAGUUAUUUAUUUUUGCGGUAACUUAUUUGACUAUUAAAAACUCAUUGGAAGUUGAUGAACUACUGUCAAGUUAUUUAUUUUCAGAGUGAAAUGUUUUCAUGAAUGGUUUCCCCUAGUUAUCUGGUUUUCGAGUUGCUUAUGUUCACAGGUAUUUAUUUUCAGUUGUUUUAUAUUUGAGUUGUUUAUUUUUAUUUUUUUCAAGUUAUUUGGUUUUUAGUUAUUUCAUUUUAAGCAUUACUUCAUAUUUGAACAUUAUAUUUUCUGAAUUUUUUAAGUUUUUGAUAUAUUUAGUUUUCGAGCUAUUUUCAGUUAUUUAUUCUCAGUUAUUUCUUUUCAGUUUUGUAUUUGCCAUUCAAAUUUUUUUCUGUUCUUUAUUUAAUUUUCAUAUUUUUUUGGGGGGGGGGUGGAAUUUUGCUCUUGUCACCCAGGCUGGAGUGCAGUGGCGCAAUCUUGGCUCACUGCAACCUCCGCCUCCUGGGUUCAAGCAAUUCUCCUACCUCAGCCUCCCAAGUAGCUGGAAUUACAGGUACCUGCCACCAUGCCCGGCUAAUUUUUUGUUGCUGUUAUUGUUGUUGUUGUUGUUGAGAUGGAGUCUCGCUUGUGUCGCCCAGGCUGGAGUGCAGUGGCGCCAUCUCUGCUCACUGCAAGCCCUGCCUCCCGGGUUCACGCCAUUCUCCUGCCUCAGCCUCCUGAGUAGCUGGGACUACAGGCGGCCGUCACCACGCCCGGCUAAUUUUGUUUUGUAUUUUUUUUUUUUUUUUUUUUUUUAGUAAAGACGGGGUUUCACCAUGUUAGCCAGGAUGGUCUCGAUCUCCUGACCAGGUUUCUCCAUGUUGGCCAGGCUGGUCUCCAACUCCUGACCUCAGGUGAUCCACUCGCGUUGGCCUCCCAAAGUGCUGGGAUUACAGGCAUGAGCCACCGCACCCGGCCCUCAGAAUGAUUUAGAGGUAGAAUUCUUAGUCUACUAGUCAGGUUUCAACCAAGAGAUACUGUAUCAGUUAUUUCAACAGAGAGAAUUAAUAUAAAUAAUUGUUAUCCAGCUAGUAGAGAUUUAAAAAAAGUAGUGAUAAUGAGAUAUGAAGAUUUUGACUGCAAGCUCCCAGCCCAAGGACUCAUACAACAAAGAGAAAAGGCUGAAAAUAUCAAAACUCAGACAUAUGAAGGUGGCCCUAGGGCUGGGGGUUAGUCCUCUGAGGAGGAGGCACUACCAAUGGUACACGUGGCCCAAGGGCUCAGAGCCCAAGGUGCAGGAGCUGGAUGCAGAAUUCUGGGGAGGGGACAUGGCCAGCCCGUGCUGCUGUCUCUGAAUGGGCAUCAUCAGGCUGGUUAUGGGAGUGCUGGGAAAAUGGCAAGCUGGAACCAACUGCCGCUACUGGAACCAGCUGUCACUCUCAGGGUGGAGACAGGAUGCUGACGGUGGGGGCGGGGUGGGGUGCACACAGGAAGGAGCCUGUGGUGGCCCUGCACCCCAGAGCUGGGAAGGGUGGGCUGGAAGCGUAAUUACCAGCACACUCAGCUUUAGAGUUACAUAGAGUUAGAGUUAUGUUAGGAUUCCAUUAGUUUGGAAUUGUUAGGGGUGAUUUGAUUUCACAUUUUCACAGGAUAUGGGAUUGGGAUGAGUCUUCAAUCUCCUGGUUUGUUUCUGGACUAGAGUGGGCCACACCUCACAGGAGUCUCCCCCAGGAGACUCAAGACAAUCACUUUAGAAUUCAAGAAAACAAAAAUAAUGUGUCUCACUUUGUUCAUAAAGAAGCCCUUUGACGAUGUGGCCAAAAAGAGGCAGAGCCUAAGGGACAGACUCUUAGAAAGGUGCCUUUGGAACAGGGUCCCGCAGAGUGUUCCUCUCAAAUUCUUUAGAACUUUACGCUGUUUUGUGGGGCCACCCUCUCCCACUCCCUUUCCUAACAGCACAGUGUCUUUCUUGAUAGAGUGUGUUUCAAAUUUGUAGACUGUUUGCACAAUAAAAUAAAGUUCCUCCCAAAUCAAGAA